UAUAUAAGCAAGAACUUCUCUUAACUUACCAGAAUUCAGUACUGCUAAUCCCAGAGAAGUCUUUUUUAAGUCUUUAUAUUUGAACCUUUUUUUGGAGAAACCUCAAAAUAAACACAGGAAACAUGGUGGGAAAUAGCCAGUCAUUCAUGCUGCAGUUGCUGGGUUGUUCAGUUUUCUAGAUGUGUUUUGUUGAAGAUUAUGACGUUAUCAAAUGCAUUCAAUCAUUUGAUGUAUGUGGACACCUUCGUGUUGGGUUUGGACAUGCAAGAGGUGUAAUUUGGACAAAACCCACCUGCCAACUCCAUAGAUAUUCCAGUUAAAAUAGAAUCAGAGAUAUUUCCUUUACAAAUGUGUCAUCAAUCAUAAAGGAAUCUCAAAUCACCUAAACUCUAGUAUUGAGACGCACAUACAGUACGUGUCUGUACAAUGACCAGCCAAAACCUGAUUAGGAUUUUCUGACAACCGUCUUAGUCAUGUAGGACAGCCAAUGAGAAGCUGUGGAAUUUUUAAACAGGGCAUCGCAGGUCAGUGACACACUAAAACAGGCUGAUAGAUGAACACACUCCCAAUCAGGAGUGAAGCAUCGACUGUCCUUCAGUAGCUGAUCAUGAACAUGAGACUUGAUUCUGUAUUAUAUCAGGAACCCUAAAGGAUGCAAAGGAAUUUUGAUCUUGAUUUUUAAUUUUAACUUGAUAUAUAUAUAUAUAUAUAUUAGAAAUCAGGCCUCAUGGCUCCUGGAAUAUUAGGGAUUGUUUUGGCUGCAAGUAAAGAAAUCCCUGUAGAAGCUCACGCAGAAAUGGGGCGAAAGGAGGGCGACUAUGAUUGGAAAAAGAGCACGGAUAACAUCCAGGAUGUGUUUGAAUUCAUGGAGGUGCUCGGAUCGGGAGCGUUCUCAGAGGUCUUCACGGUGAAGGAAAGAAAAACAGGGAAGCUUUUCGCUAUGAAGUGUGUGAAGAAGAAAAACAAAAGGGACGUCAACCUGGAGAAUGAAAUCGCUGUGUUGAGGAAGAUCCAACAUGACAAUGUGGUUUGCUUGGAGGAUUUCUAUGAAAGUCGGACGCAUUACUACCUGCUCAUGCAGCUCGUUUCAGGUGGUGAACUGUUCGACCGGAUCCUGGACCGGGGCAUGUAUUCAGAGGCUGAUGCUAGUCUGGUCAUCAGACAGGUGCUGGAGGCAGUCAGCUACCUGCACAAAAAUGGCAUAGUCCACCGCGACCUCAAGCCAGAGAAUCUGCUGUACUACAGCCCUGAUGAAAACGCUAAGAUCAUGAUCAGUGAUUUUGGCCUCUCUAAGAUGGAAGAUAAUGGCAUCAUGUCCACGGCCUGUGGGACUCCAGGAUAUGUCGCCCCUGAAGUAUUGGCCCAGAAGCCCUACAGCAAAGCUGUUGACUGCUGGUCUAUUGGAGUCAUCACCUACAUCCUUCUCUGUGGAUAUCCACCUUUCUAUGAAGAAACGGAGACUCGUCUCUUUUCUAAAAUCAUGAAGGCGCAGUACGAGUUCGACUCGCCCUUCUGGGAUGAUAUCUCUGAGUCUGCAAAGGACUUCAUCCGCAACAUGAUGCAGAAGAAUCCUAAGAUGCGUUAUGAUACAGAACAGGCUCUCAGACACCCCUGGAUUAUAGGAAAGACGGCUCGGAGUCAGGACAUCUACUACUCUGUCAGUGAGCAGAUCCAGAAAAACUUUGCCAAGUCCAAAUGGAAGCAAGCCUUCAAUGCUACAGUGGCCAUCCACCACAUGAAGAAACUGCAGCUGGCCAACUCUGAGGCCUCUGUCCAUGUGAAACAGACGUCUGCGUCUGCGCCUGUGCCUGAGAUCAAGGUCAUCACAACCUCCACACCUGAAUCCGUCCGCAAGAAGAUGUUCACUGAGACCCCCAAACCAAACGGGAACAUACUCAGUAAUCAGAUAAACAUGGCGUCCGGCUCCACCGAGUCAAAGAGUCAGUAUCACCCGGUCCGGGUCAGUCACAGCGAGGCCACCCAUGUUGGGACCCUCACCAUUGCAGAGAAGAGCAAACAUGUGUAUCACUCAGAGCCAGCGGACCUAAAUGGGUAUGCGAAAAGAAGCUCCAAUCGUAACGGGCAGAAGCUGCAGACUGGCGUUUGCUCUGUCAUGUGAUUGGCUGCUUUGGAAUAAUGUCAUUUUGACAGGUCUGUGACCUUUCACCCAGCCACUGGCUGCUUUCUGUGGGCAGGUCCUGCUGCUCUGUCCCGGUCAAGAGUGCUGGCAAGACAACUGGCCAGCGGCCCGCGCUGUUCUGAAAUACUGAAGUUUAGAGGAGUGCCUCCAAGCCUGCAAACACACACACGCAGAGCACAAAUACAGCCUAUCACACAUUUGCAGACAACACAGUAUCCCUAUAAAAGCAGAAACGAUUACAUGUUAGGUGCUGAACCUCAGACUUUGUAUUUUCCCUUGAGGAAACAGUUUCACAUUAUCUAGGUCAAUUAAUCUGUCUGUAUUAAAACAUUUGGAGCAGGGGUCCGUGUUAUUGGACACUUGUGUAAGGAGUAUUGGGAGUUUUGUACAUAUACUCUGUGAUGCAUGGAUAGUUUGUAUUGUGCAAUAAUGUGUACCGCAGUAAUUCAAGUGGGUAAAACACUUUUACUUCACUGUAAUUAUUAUUAUACAUUGUAUAUUGCUGGAAAAAGAAAUAAGAUUCCAGUUGUUGUAGCUUUUUUUUUGGUAAUUUAACUAGAGUUAAUGUUUAUUUUUCUAAUGCGGAAAUUAUUAUUGUAUGUUUAUCCAUUAUAUAUUUUUGUCAUAAUAAAAUUAACACCUUUUACCCACCACAGUAAGUCUAGCCCUGGUUUUGUGCAUGCGGAACUCUACCUGACACACAUGAACUUUACUGUUAGAAAUACUGUUUUGUGACUAAUUAUCUUGUAAGAGAUUAUAAUGAAGUGUCCUCUAAACUACAGAAAAGGUUAGUGUUUUUGUAGGCCGCUACUGUCCAUGUUUGUGCAAUAUUUUUACCAAUAAACCCUCAUACAUCA